AUGCAGAAGCGCUUAGAGUCCGACGAGGAAGAGCUUUUCAUUAUAAAUGACAUAUGUUGUGGCUGCUGGUGUACCUUUAUAUUCCACGAUGAAGGAUUCCACGAUCUGGACGCUAUUCUAGGUCACCCUCAACUGCAUCGGCGCUUCAAGGAAUUAUGUUCUUUCGAGCAACGAAUCGGAACUACCUGUGUAGUUUGCAGCGCUUCGACGCUGCCAGGGGCACCAAAUAUCGCUGGUGAUGUUUACUUUCGGGGUAACGAUGCGCUACGCAAGGCCAAGAUUGAGGGGUGUCAGCUCGAAGAACUAUUCGAGAAUAUAGCUGUGACGACAGAACAACUUGAAAAUGACGAUACAGUAGCAUCUAAAACUUGCACUGUAUCAAGUGAUUUCAACCUCUGUGUGUUGGCAGUACAUUUCUCACGCACUGCCGGACGUGCCAAGAGGUACCUUUGUACAUUUGCCAAAAAUUGUGUAAAAAUCGACAAUACCGGAAAUGUAGAAGAGUACCUCAACAAAAUUUGGCAAACAGUGUCGGCAUCAGCAUAUGAAUUUGCGAAAAAUAUUGCGGCAAUUGCGGAUCCUACCGACGACCUUACAUCGCUAAUGCGUUCCUACUGCGAAGAUCUUCAGGGUCACACAUUCAAGCCUGGAGGUUUCAAAGUUCUCAUUAAACGAAUCAAGAAACUAGUGGCAAAUAUGUUGGAGGCUGAAUCUGCCAGAUUCGCAGGCGAAUAUGUUGCAUUAUUCCGUUGCAUUGACGACAUAUACGAGAAAGAUAAGCACCUUUUCGAGCAGCUGCUACGUAUGCAGGUAAACGUGACAAUCGAUGCACAGGAAAGGUUAAAAAUUACCAAUUUCGAGAUAUCACGUGAUGUAGUAACAUUUGCAGGAUACUAUAACAAAUUUGCAAGGGGGAUGAGCCAGACGGCUUGGACACCAGAUAAAAACACAAAGAGCAAUUUAUCUGUGGAAGAAUGCUUAUGCAUACCUUUGCUAGAGCUUUGCAAUGGAAGCAGCUACAAGUUCAUGGCAUCUGGCAGAGAAGAUUGUGACGUACGAACCACAGGCCCCGGAAGGAAGUUCUGUGUGGAGGUUUACACUUGCAAACGCGAUUUAUUCCACGUCUACGAUUUGGUACGAAGACUGGGGGAGAAUAGUGCACUGAACAUCAGUGUCGAUUCUGGAUUGCCAAUAUUGGCUUGUAUGGACGACAUCAUAGCAAUGAAAGAAGAUAUAACGGUUGAUGCUGCCGGUGUCGCGACUAACUUUUACUUUUUAAAAAGUAAACAUGCCAACCAAGAAAAGCCAUCGGAAAAUAUUACGAUAGUGGCGAUUCCUCAAGUAUCAAUAACAGAAGCGUUCGACUACAAGUCAGAUGCCAGUGUACAUCUGCCAGUAGCGGUUGGAUUCUAUGGUUUACGCCUGGUAUUUGACAGCAGGGCCGAGAGGCAGAUUGUCCAAAUUGAUGCAGAAAACAAGAACAAGACAUACUCUUGCCUCGUAUUUUCAGAAGAUGCCCUCGCUUUAGAACAAUUGCAAGCGAUUCCAAAAGGUCCAUUUACCAUUAUGCAGUGCAACCCCGUACGCACCAGCCACCGAAAAAGUCAGUGUGGAAGGGAGCGUCAAAUACACGAACUGACCGCUGAUCCCCUACAUCCCAGACUUUUCCUUUUGACCCUGAAGACUCAGGCAGGUACAUAUGUUAAGGAGUUUGUUACUGGAGAUAUCGGGCGUACUACACCUUCAGUCAAAUCCUUGCUAGGUGCGAAAUCGCUUUAUGUCGUACAUCUAGAUGUGGUCGAUUUUUCGUAA